GGACCUGGCUCCGUGUGUGUGCGCGCUCGAGCUGCCGAGCAAUUGAACGAGUUUUCCAAAGGGGGGACACACCUCAUCCGUGAAAGAAGUGAUCCGGGCACGCACCGAUGCGGCCCGAGCCACUUUGUCAUUUUAAAUAAUAAACAAGUUGAGUUGGAGAAGUCGCGUCGGGGUUUCUACUUUCAGCGACGGGACAGUGAGCAGCAACGCGUGGAGGUUGUUGUUCACUUCAUCCAGACAGCACUUGGUUGCCAUUCAUGCCAGUUGAUUCUUAAGGAAAAAGUAGGAUUGGAAUAUGUUUACUAUCCCAGAUCCCUGUGAUCCUGGUCUGUCACUGUCACCAGGGAGGAGUGUCAUGGCGGAACCAGACUACCUGGAGGGAGACUGUGAUGAGCUGAUCAAACCCAAGAAGCUGAUCAACCCAGUCAAGACGUCCCGUAACCACCAGGACCUGCACCGAGAACUGCUCAUGAACCAGAAGAGGGGACUGGCUCCUCAGAACAAGCCUGAACUCCAGAAGGUUCUAGAGAAAAGAAAGAGGGAACAGGUUAUCAAAGCUCAGAAGGAGGAGCAGGAGGCCCACAAGAAGAGGAGUGACCUGGAGAUAGAGCUCAUGAAAAGACAGCAGAAACUUGAGCAGCUUGAACUGGAUCAGCAGAAGAAUGAAGAGGAACAGGAAAACACCCCCGAGUUUGUGAAGAUGAAGGGCAACCUGCGCAGGACCAAGCAGGAGGCGGACGAGGAGGAGAGAACCACCUAAAACCCAGCGGGGGUGUUCGGGUCUGCCUGACUCACGUGUCAGGAGUAUGUGUACAAGAGAGUGUAUUUUGUCUGUGGUACACGAUAGUGACAUGUUUAAGGUGAACCUCCUGGCUUUCCCAACCCAGGUCCCUUCCUGCGGUAAAGAGAGAGACUUUAGAGACUAAAGACCCCUCCCCCUCUCCCCCGUCUGCCUGCAAUGGACCGCCAGCUCUCGCACUCAUGCCGCAGCUCGCGGCGCCCCCACAGUUGGGGAACCGACACAGACAUGUCACAUGUUACACACUUUAUUUUCAAAGAGGGCAAAACGGGCUUCCAACGAGCUCUUAUGGAGAAACAACCAAACGCAGGUUUUCACUCCUUUCACUUCACUGAGCUGUUCCUUCUAUUCACUUUUUAUCAAUGUUGUCAUUGUCGUUUUUGUUCUCACCUUCAGAAUCCAAAAAUGAAAACGUGGACACUGGAUGGACUCUUGAAGCUGUGUAAUAUAAAAGCCAAACAAAUGUGCUUUUGUUAUUUAUGUUUGUAGCUUUUAGCCCAGCUGUAGGGGAGGACACUUUUAGUCAUUCUGUAUCUUACUUUAUUUUACAAGAUAGUAUAUGAAGCCAGAACAGGACAAAGGGAGUGUGUGGUUAUGUUUAAAAAAAACUAAACGACAAAAAAAAAAAAACCUCAAGUUUUUCUUUAUUUUUAAAAUUCUUAACAUGCCAUUUCCUCAGCUAAUGUAACUUUGAGCAAUAGUUGAAUUCCCAGGCAUGAGAGUGAUUUUUCUUUUAUAUAUUCUGUUGAUUUGUUUUAAAUAAAUUGCUAUUCAAUUUUGUAUGGAAAAAUGUGUUAAUAAAUAAUUUACUUUUU